CCAGCAUUGUAUCGUGCUGCACGAGAAUCAUGGUAUAUAUGCUUCGCCUGAUAUUUGUCCACUUCGUUGAUAUUCACGGGUCCCUUCAUUCGCAUCAGCCAUGGUGAAGUCGGCGUAUCCCACCCAGAAGCAAUGAGGCCAGAUUAUGUUGAACCCGCUGCCUAAGGUCGAGAGUUGUUCAAGCUCUUGAGAUGAGAAGCGGUACUUAUGGGGUAGACUGAGUAUGAUAGUAUCAUAUCCCUACCGGACACACGGGACCAGACGCCCAUGUCCGCUACAGAUCCAAAAGAGCAAGUACGAAGGACGAAAAUUCUCGCCGCCGGUUUCGCACCUUUCCAUAUCAUCAAGUCUGAGCCCUAUCGGCUGCAUCUGUCUUCCAAAAGAGCUUCUCCUUAGAAUUCCGUCAUCCGGCAAACCUGUCUAUCUCGACAAGUGGUUCAACUACAUGGCCUUUGAAGUGAUCGGCCAAGUCGUUUUCUCACAACGCUUCGACUUCCUGGAGGCAGGCGAAGACCUCGGUGGCUCGACCGCGAAUUUGCGGCUUCUUGUGCCCUACGUUACUUUGGCUGGCUUCUUCCGUAUAUUACAUCGACUUACUGUUGGCAACCCGCUGUUUACAGACUGGAACCUCAUGCCCACUCAGCACAUCCUUGACACGACACUGAGAGCUCUCGAGGCUUGUACGAAGAAGCCAGAUGUCCAAGAGGGUAUCUUGUCGCUCGGGCUAGAGCAGAAUGAACGAUUUUCCUGAAAACUUGUCGGAGAAGGAGUUAUGUGGGUGUGUCAACAUGACUGUUGGUGCUGCUUCAGACACUG